AUGCAGGUGUGGUUCCAAAAUCGUCGUGCAAAAUGGCGCAAAACAGAAAAAUGUUGGGGCCGGAGUACUAUUAUGGCAGAGUAUGGAUUAUAUGGAGCCAUGGUCAGGCAUUCAUUACCUUUACCAGAAACGAUAUUAAAGAGUGCAAAGGAAAACGAAUCUGUAGCUCCAUGGUUAUUAGGUAUGCACCGAAAAUCAAUCGAAGCAGCAGAACAUCUAAAAGAUGAUCCUGGAUCUGGAGCCCCAGGGGGCGGUGGAAGUGGAGGUGCUGGAAGUGAUCGUGAAGAUAGUGCAUCUGUGAGGACGGACGAUGCAAGUGAUACCAGCGGAGGCUCCGUUCGACAACAGCAAACACAUCCACAAAACCAAACAGAUGACCAUUUUAAAAAUACCAGUGCAAUCCGAACACGGAGAGAUGGUACCCAAACGAUGAACAAUAAUUUGGUCGUAUCAGAAGACCAACACGGUUUUGGAGGUGUGUCACCGGAUGAUCCAGAAGCGUUCAGGAAUAACUCGAUAGCCUGCCUACGAGCCAAAGCGCAAGAACACCAAGCGCGGCUGCUCGGAGGCGGACUACUGCUCCAGGUGCGGUCAUUAGCUGGCAUGCAGGCGGGACUACCCGACGACAAUGCGAAUAGCAUUGCGAAUCCUAACAGAAUGGACAGGCCUGGUGUUGAAACAUUGUUUUAAAACAUUCUAAGAAUCAGGUAUUAAGAUAUAAUUGUGAUAGAAGGAGAAUAUAUUAAUGUGU